AUGCCUGUCUUCGCUACGAUCCUUACGAGCAAAGAUACGACCUUAGAGAAGGCAAAACGUUCGGUAAGAAUUGCAUCAUUGCCGUCUAUUGCUCCAACGAUAUCUCCGUCAAUAAAAGAAACGCGACCUAAGCAUCGGAAACGUGAAGCUAUUGAGCUCCCGUUUGGUCUUGCAGCUGCAGAAUUAAGUGGCAAAGAGGUGAAGCGACUAAAGAAUCGCAUUGCAGCCACUCGACUGCGUCAGCGGUCGCAGCAGGAUGUGCGAUCUCUACAAGAACAACUCAAGUAUUACAAGACACGAUGUGAGUUCUUAGACAUUGUAGUGUCUGGCUGCGGUAUUUGUGCUAGUCUCGGCGCUAUGCAUGUUAGAGAAUUUGAAUUGAUCCCGGCGGAAACGAAAACAAUCAAGAUCGAGCCUGAGCUUGCGCUUGAGAUCGAGGAUGAUGGAGAAUUGCCAGUACUCACUGAAGCUGAGUGUGUUGUGCUUGACAGCGUUCUGCGUUAUUGA